GGGGAGGGCAGAAAAAAAACAACAAAAAACACAUACACAAACAGGGUCGAAUUACAAUUGAGAAAAACGCAAUGGCUCAAAAGAUGAUGAUGAUGGCGGUCCUUGUGAUAUUAGGGACGAUGAUGGCAACGUUCACGGUUGCGCAAGAGACUUGUGCGCAGAGCCUGGUGCCUUGUGCUCCUUACCUUAACAACGCCACUGCACAACCGCAGGAUGAUUGCUGUAAUCCUAUCAAACAAGCCGUGGAAACUCAACUUACUUGCCUUUGCAACCUCUUUAACGACCCUACUUUGCUUUCAUCUUUUAACGUCACCGUCUCUGAAGCUCUUAGGAUCGCUCGUGAGUGUGGUGUCACUACAGAUCUCAGCGCCUGCAACAACGCUACUUCUCCCACGUCUGCUCCACCCCCGCCAGGUGAAAGUGGAGGUGCUGAUAGGAUAGUAUUGACCGGAAUCACCACUUUGUUCUUAUUUUUAGCGUCUAUAGCGUUGUACUAAGAUGACAUUUGGGACCUUGCUGAGCUGAUGAGGAUUUUAUAUCGGAGUAAAUAAUACAGAGAUCAUUCAUAUUUAGGCAUUUCGAGUUUGGUUUAUCUUGAGAUUUUUAUUGUUUGAUACUCUCUUAUGUAUUUAUGUCCUUAUUUGAUUAAUAUUGUUAGCACAUAUAUUAUUUAUUCAGUAAAUUUUAUUGUUGUUGUAUGUCAUUGUCAGCAUCAUUUUGGGUGUCCAAAAUUGUAUUACUUAUUCCUUUGUAGUUAAGUUUCAACUUUGGCAUA